AUGGUGCAUGUUGUUUACGAUUGUAACGGCUUGAAAGAAUACUGGGCAGCGGAACAUUUCCGAAUCAAGCAGGUGGCGGAAAACCUCUCUUUUUGGAGCUGGUUUGAACUCCUCCACAAUUCGCUACCGAAGGAAGUCUUCCAUCUUUCAGUCAUUGCAUGCUGGAAAAUUUGGGAGAGGAGAAAUCGAAUGAUGCAUGGCGAGGAAGGAAUGCAACUCGAAGCCAUUUUUCCAUGGUGUCAAGCUUUUUUGGCAGAUUACAUAGACAUACAAUUCGGCCAACUUACCGUCACAAAGAUGAUCCAACCAGUUAUAUGGGCACCGCCACCGAGAGGAACACUUAAAAUCAAUGUGGACGCGGCCUUCCCUGCAAAUGCAGAUUAUUUCAACGUUUCAUUGGUGGCUAGAGAUGAAGAUGGAUUAUGUGUGUGGUGGCGAGUGGUGCAAAUCCGAGGUCGAGUUUCUCCAGCGGAAGGAGAGGCUCAAGCAGUCCGACAAGCGAUUAUCACGGCACACCGUUUUCAUUGGAGCUCCAUUAUAUUUGAGGGAGAUUGUCUACGGGUUAUGGACGCUCUUCGUUGCGGAGAUCGUUCCCUCACACCUUUUGGUGCAAUUGUUGAUGAAUGUCUGUUUGUUGCUAGGUCAUUUAUUUCUUGUUCUUUUAGUUUUAUUAAGAGAGAAGGGAACAAACUUGCUCAUGUUCUUGUUUCUCUUACUGUUUCGAAUUUUCUAGAAGGGGAUUCUCUCCCUUCGUUUUGUUCUUUGGCCUCGGGUGCCUAA